UGUAGUCCUGCGCUUCCCAGUAAUGGCUGCCUGCAGUGAGUGUCCGCAAUUACCUGCGAGGAUGGAUGGCAUCUGUGAACCAAAGCAGAAGAUGACCAAAGAGGAGAAGAAACUAAUUAAAAAGCAGGCAAAGGUCAAGCAUAUAUUGCUGAGACAUGAAGGGGUUGAAACGGUGUCCCACCCUUCAAAGAGCCUAGUGAUUGCCAAUGGAGGACUUGGGAAUGGAGCGAACAGACAGCAGCUGCUCACUGUCCUGGAGCAAUGUGGAGAGGUGGAAUCUUUAGUGAUGCCCCCCAACAAGCCUUAUGCAUUUGUUACUUACACAUCUAUGCAAGAGGCUGCAAAUGCCUAUAAUUCAUUAAGCGGUCAAGAUAUGCCAUCAUCUGACUCAGAAGUGAAAAUAACUCUGUACUUCAGCUUUGUGGAAAAGGUGGAAAUAAAAGAGGCUUCACCACCAUCAUUGCCCCCUGGUCUGGUAGUGGUAGAAGACUUCGUAACACCGGAAGAAGAAGCUGCUAUGUUAGUAGGCAUCAGUUGGGAAACUGAGAGGUCUAGUCAAAAGUCACUAAAACACAGACGGGUGAAACAUUAUGGGUAUGAGUUCCGAUACGACAACAACAAUGUAGACAAAGAUCAGCCUUUGCCUGGAGGUCUUCCUGAGUUUUGUACUCCUGUGCUGAAUAGAUGCUGGCAGCAAAAACUGAUAAAACAUAAACCUGAUCAGCUGACAAUUAAUCAGUAUGAGCCGGGCCAGGGAAUCCCUCCACAUAUUGACACCCAUUCUGCUUUUGAAGAUGAGAUUAUCUCUCUCAGUUUGGGAGCGGAGAUCGUGAUGGAUUUCAAGCACCCUGAUGGCACUAGUGUCCCGGUGAUGCUUCCUCGAAGAAGCCUACUGGUAAUGAGUGGAGAAGCGAGAUAUCUCUGGACGCACGGCAUCACGCCAAGAAAGUUUGAUAUAGUUCAAGCCUCAGAGGGACAGAAAGUUGGAACUAUCAGCGGGAAUGCUGAGGAUUUAACCUUAAACAAGAGGGGUACAAGGACUUCGUUCACAUUUAGGAAAGUAAGAAGAAGCGCAUGUGAUUGUGCUUUCCCAUCGGCGUGCGAUAGCCAGCUAGCGCAGAAAAAAGACUUGCCUCCUCGCGCCAGUGACUUGGGUGCCACCGACCUGGAAAAGGAAUAUGUGCAUAAGGUGUAUGAAGACAUAGCCAGUCAUUUCAGCAGCACUAGACACACGCCAUGGCCUAAAGUUGUGGACUUUCUAUUGUCUUUGCCACAUGGAUCUAUUGUGGCAGACGUAGGCUGUGGUAAUGGGAAGUAUCUUGGCGUCAACAAGCAUUUGCACAUGAUUGGAUGCGACCGCAGUAAAAAUCUUGUGGACAUUUGUGGAGACCGAAGAUUUGAAGCAUCUGUUUGCGAUGCCUUAGCAGUGCCGUUCCGAACCGGCUCGUUUGAUGCGUGCAUCUCCAUAGCUGUGAUCCACCAUUUGGCGACCGAAGAAAGGAGAUUGAAGGCAAUACAGGAAUUAACCCGUCUCCUUAGACCCGGAGGAAAGGCACUUAUUUAUGUCUGGGCAAUGGAGCAAGAAUACAAACAGAAAAAGUCCAAGUACCUCAAGGAAAAUAAAAGCAGUGCGGAACCCCAAACAGUCAAUGGCCAAGAUAUAGAACUCAAGGGUGAAGCUGGCGCCACGUUGAGCAUUCACACCAACAGGACCUCAUUCAGUUCCCAAGACCUGCUGGUUCCUUGGCAUCUGAAACAACCAAAUGAAACUAAAACCGCUGGUACAUCGAAGCCUUUAGAGCGUACGGAAAACCAGCAGAGUCCCAGUUCUGUCUAUCACCGUUAUUAUCACGUGUUCUGUGAAGGGGAGCUGGAAACAUUGUGCAGAAAGCUCCAGAACAUUGCCAUUCUUCAUUCCUACUAUGACCAAGGAAACUGGUGCGUGAUUUUAGAAAAGUCGUGAAGAACACCGGACAUUCUUUGGGACUUCUUUCCACAUUUGAGUCCUUUAAAUAUUUUAAUUUUAUUUUAAAUGAAGACAGUUAUUUUAAUAUCUGCAAAGAAUAAAGGUAAUAAGCGGUAUAUACUCUGCAGCUUCUUAUGUGCUUUGAAAA